CACGGCUACCGAUCGCGAGGCGUGUACCGUUAAUGAACCGAGUAUGUAUCUAUAGGCCUUCUAUAUAUUGUUAUGUGUUGUACCAGCGGCGUGUAUAGAUGGAAAUGAUUGGACCUAUGUGCUCAAUUUAGUGCAAAGUAGGUCACUGUCUGUAGGUCGUUUCGUCUUUUUGUACUGCAUAAAAUUUGUAAUAUUGCACAACCGUACGCGUCAUUGUUGCACAGUAGAUUUGUUUACGAGACGACGACAGUAAGAACAGUCUGUGACGCUAUGAGGAAGCGUUUCGUUCGCUGUGAUACACACGUACGGGGAAAUAUUAUUUCUACAUUUGUUUUGGAGAUAGACGCCCAUCGAUAACAAAAACAACACGAAUCGGUGUUUAGGGUCGUACUUUAGCCUAUAUAUACGCUAUGUAGGGAGUCGGUACACGAGCACACGUUCACUGUCAAAGUGAAAGUUGAACAUGUGCACAUUCGUGUCAUGCUAACUCUAGCAGACUACAUACGCGUACACGUGUUGACAAAAUGUGUGGAUAUAUACAUAUAUGAUCGUUUGCCACUGUUGGAUCGAUAUGUUGAAGACGAAUGAUGGAGGUGAUGAAAUUGGUAUUAUAUGCAGGGCUUUGCACGUGUUUCUUGUCCCUGGAGCUUAUGGCGGUGAGAGGGAAACUGCUCGAAAAUCCCCCGUGCACACCAUCAGAAGUACAGAUGGAUAAUACAUGUGAGGUGUGCGCCCGGCCUGAACAAAGUGGAGUAUGUCACCCCGGAUACAAGUGUUCAGAUGUGGCAGCUGACAAUGCAGCAUUUUCCUGUUAUUACACAAGAUUAAAAGGUUGGGAAAACUUUUCAAAUCAGUAUGACAUCACGGUGUAUAAACAGGCCAACCAAUCGAGCCCGUUGCCGCUUAUCUCAACCAUUUUUUUGUACCAGAGAAAUCAGACAAACAGUGUAUACGGCUAUCCGGCCCUGAAUGUCAAAGUAGACGUCCCUUACAUGCUCUUUGGGCCUGGUGAACAAAAUGAAGUGCCGAAGUCGCUGCGCAUGGUGUUUUCAAGUGUGGAGGAUGCAGAAUGUAGGGACAGCUACUACUACAAGCAACACAUCACACGGUUUUAUAGAUUCUCCAGCUACUCCCCAACGUCUAGUGAUUUGCUAAAACCGCAACAAGUACAGUUUAAAUGUCUGACUGGCCUUGAUGUUUGUGGGAAAGUGCGUGUGUACAACGUCCAGUUGACAUCAUACACUGCUCCAAGUACUGGCUCCCUCUACAUCGAACAAAACUUUACUGUGACAGCCUUCAUGGAUGAAUCAAAGUGGUUUCCGGUAAUUGCGACAGCUGUUUUACCAAACAACAGUGUUUAUGUGGUAUUUAAUCCCAGAUCAUGGACUGGUGUCACUCAUGAGAUUUAUCUAGAAAACAAAGAUGGACAUAGAAAAACUGAUGUUCACAACUUUCCAAAAUCUGUUGAGAAGUAUGUUUGUGUGUUCGAUAAUGUAGAACCUGGUACCUACAGAGCACAGCUCUUGGUCAAGUACACCAAACAUCAGACAGAACCAGUGGCUAGGUACCAAUCAGCACCUUUGGUGAUUCCUGGAGAAACAGGUGAUAAAGUUUCACAAGAACCGCCAGUUACUAACCAAGGCCUUGUCCUGCCGAUUCUUGUGAUUGUCAGUUUUGUAAUAGCCAGCAUUUUGUUGGUGUUGCUGUACUGGCAAAGGAAAAAUAACCUCUUCAAAUUAAUCUGCCAGUGGUCAAGGAAUCACCAGGAGUCUAAAAACAAAGUAUUCCUACUAUACCCGAGGGAAGCAGAGAAAUUUGUGCCCUGCAUAACGGAUUUCCUGAAAAAGAAAUUAGUGGUUGUGAGUGAAAAGGAUUGGAAAAUUGGUCAGUCUUGUCCAUUGGAUUUGUUUCGGACAGAUAUCAAGCUGUGCUCCCAUCUACUUGUGUUAUGGUCCCCGUCGGCUUCAGGCCUCGUGUCUGGUCUCAAUAACCAUAGGAGUAUUGAGAUCAACCCUCGCUUUACAGUCCAAGACUAUUUCAGGGAGGCUGUUACCUUCUCAAAAGAUUUAAGCAUUUGUGGUAAUCUGGAAAUUGUGGUAUUAUGCAUUCCUGGGUAUGGAGAAAUGACAAUAUCGGAGAAUAUCGGGGAACAGAAGACCUUCAACCUCACUAGAGAUUGUAAAAAACUAUUAAAAUAUCUUACAGAUGAUAGAUCAGAUUUAAAUGACGUAGCUGAAAAUGCUCUUGACAGGGAGAUCAUGAGAAUAAUGAACCUACCACAUGAAGAAGAUCAAGUUAAAGUGGUUGAUGAUGAUUGUCCUACACCCUCCCAACCACUUCUGAAUGAGCAGAUGGAGAGGAAUAUGAACCCCCCACAGGAAGGCGAUCACGUUAUAGUUGUUGAUGAUGAAAGUCAAGAUAUCGAUGGAUCAAACAAUUCCUAUAUGCCAACUAAGCAUGAUACAGAUCUGUUUAACUUCAAUACAGAUCACAAUGAACCAGACAAUUUUAGUGGUCAUCACAAUAAUCCCGGGAAUUUUAGUAGUCAUCACAUAUCAGCUGGCCGUUUUGAAUAUCAUCACAUGCCAGACAACAAUCUUAGUGGUCAGUGCACACCAGCUUGCCAUUGCAAUCAUUACAUGCCAGACAACAUUUCUAAUGGUCAGUGCAAACUAGCACGCCAUUGCAAUCAUUACAUGCCAAACAACAGUUCUAAUGGUCAGCAUAUUCCAACAACCAAUUGCAAUGAUCAGUUGAUGGCAACAGACUAUUGUCAUGUCGGGACAGAAUUGGAUCCUCCACCCAACAAACCACUUCUGAGUGAGGAAUUAGACCAAGGCUACCAUACCACGAAAAGUUCAGACCUCCAAGGAAAAUUCUACAUCUUGUGUAAUGAUCAGUCUCUAUAGACUGUUCUGUAGUUCUGGCUUCUGUAGGAUUGUUAAAUGUAGCUUUUAUAGUAUUAUAAGUGAAAAACAAACUUCAAGUGAAUUUGAAAUGAUUUUGGGGCCAUAGUGGCCGAGUGGUUAAGGUCUCCUGACACUUUAUCACUAGCCCUCAACCUUUGGGUUGGGAGUUCGAAACCUAUGUGGGGAAGUUGCCAGGUACU